AGCUCUAUCUUUCUAGUACUCCUUGAAGUCGUAUCAUCUCUUGGCGACUUGUGUGAUGGUGAAAGGAAGCAUCUGUCUGACUCUGAGCAUAGACAAACCUCAGGCACUAAGUCUGAUCCUUUCUCCAAGGAUCUCUCUUUCCUAGAUGAACAGUGCCAUCAACUGUUCAUUCAGCAGCUCAAUGCUCUACAGGGAAGGUGUAAGAAGCUAGCAAAAGAGGAGGAGAAAGCGAUAGCUGCUGUCAAGACUUCCAGAGAAGUGAAAGAAACAUUGCUAGGAAGAGACAGAGAUGGAGGGGUAGUUAGCUUUAAGGAAUGUGCCUGGAGGAUCACAGAAAGGCUUGCCGGAUAUGAAGAUUGUUUGGACAGACUACUGAGGGAUCUAUGGGACUGGACGGAUGAUCAGGGGAUUAAAGUCCUAGAAGAUAAUCAACAGCUGCUCAUAGAAGCAAGAUGGGUGAAGAAACUCAUGGCAUUGGCCUUAGAGUUCAAAAGACAAAGGAGCAAAACGGCCACUACGAGAGAUGAAACUGAGAGGCAUAAAAGAGUUCUGAAGCUUUCAUCAGACUGUUUUGCUGCCCUGCUUCUGCCUCUACAAAGCACACUGUUUCAGUGGUUAUGGGACCAGCCAAACGGACCCACCCUCUUCAAGGACAGCGCGGUUAUCAAUGUAGAACAAGAACUAACACAUGUGUUCAACCGACUGGUAUCAGGUUCAACAGAUACUCAACUCACAGAGAGAGCCAGAGAGAUCUGUAGCAUUGCUCUUCACUGUCCAAGCUCCACCCUGCGGAAGGCUAUACAAGAGGCUAUCAGCAAUGCAGAGGCAGGCAGCUUGAUUUGUAAGGUUCUGCAGUGUAUGCCAUUCUUGGUACAGCUUCGAAUUGAUGGAGCCACAUGUUUCCUCACAGAGCUUAGCAGCUUUGUCAGGACUCUUGGUGUGAGACAACUCUCAACUUCUGAGGAACUGAACCUCUUCAAGUUUGCAGACAGUGCCAUACAGAGCUACCAUCCACCAACCCAUCCAGGAAACCCCUUCACCUGCCCACCCCUCAUCAGCCCUCUCCACCUGGCCGACUCGUGCAUCUGGCCCUUCCUUGGUCCUGCAUCACUGGACCACACCCAUAGACCUGGUCCUGGACCUCCCUCCUUGUAUCUACAUGUAACUCCGGAGUCUCCCACUCCCAGAAUUUCCGUUCCCAGACGUAUAACAUUGAAGUUCUUGGAUCUUGUGCUUAAAACCAGCUUGUCCUCGACAGAUGGACUGGAGCCAGAUGCGCUUGAUAUCAGUGUGUGCUUCUCUACCAUGCUCAGCCUGUGCCAGAUAUUACAGGACUGUACUGUCCCAGAUGAUGGAGAUGUUACGUAUAACUUCCUCAUCAAGGAAAUGACCUCUGACCUACUCGAGAGGGUGUCCGCAUAUGUCCGACAAGUUCACACAGAUAACCUGUCAGUAUGUUUGGAGUGGCUGGUUGAAGAGACAUCGGAUCUGGACUGGACUGUGAGACUCGCCAUUAACGCACUGUUCUCUGAUGCGGUUCCUUCCUGUAGAAAGGAAGUCAUCUCAUGUAUAGAACAAAUCACUGGCUGCUUACAGCCCUCUCCAACCAUCGAGUCUUUACCAUUGUAUGGAGAAUGGAGUUGCUCUCUGAUGGCUUUAUUCCAAGGGGCUAGGAUAUCAUCUCGGUUAUCAAAGCAGUUUGUCAAGAGUUUAUCAGGAACAUUCCUACCAAAAACGUCUGCUUUGAGGGCAGAUUUCUACCGAGCGGUUUGUCUUGGAUUGGCCCAAGUGCUUCCUCAUAGUAGCACUCCAGAAUGGCUGAACGUUCUUGACACCCUUGAUCUGCUGAGGUCGGAGGGAUUGCUUCAUGUUUCCUACACCUCCCACUUCAUGACCAGCUUACCUUCAUGUGAUAUCACGGUGUGUCAGCGCCCUUUACAGUUGAGUCAAGUCUUCACCACAGUGAUCCAGCUGUUGGGUGAAGCGGGUUUUUCUGAUCGGCUGAAAGAUGACCAAUGGCAACAUAUCACCAAGAGCUAUGCGCAGCUUAUGAAGAUGAUCCUGUCCAAUGCCACAGAGAGCAUCUCAUCGAGUCCAUCAAGCUCCGCCCAUGCUGCUCCUCAAGUCUUCCUGAUUGGCCAGCUCUUCUGUCAAUCAUGCGAGGUCUCCAGGCGUGUCCCUGGGUUGGCCACGGAGCAGCUCUUCGUCUGGUGUCUGGAGCUUGUCACGAGGGUGGAGGAACUCCUUGGUUGCCAUAGUGAUAAUAAUGUUGAUGUCGUCCGUGAUGUGGCACACCAAGAGAUGAAGACACUGAGUAGAGCUAUUGAAUGGCUUCCAAGCAGUGGACAGAGGUCGACACUUCUACAGAAAGUUGGUGCAAUGUCAUCCAGGUGUUGA